AUGGAUGAUACCUACUUCCCUGAUGAGCUUUGGCUCGAUAGGGAAAUCCAAUUCACCUCUCCUUCACCCUCCGCCUGGAAAUUGACCGUGAAACUCAAGGAAAGCAUUAGGCUUUUGAGCGAGAAAGAAUCCGAGGAAUACCAAGACACUUCCUUGUCUAUCGCUAUGUUUGAAUGCCACCGCUCUAGCGAUCCGACUAAGCAAGCACGAAUCGUAAUCUAUACACAGAUCCCAAAUAAGGGAACCCAGGCUCUGCCCCCCGACAUGCGCCGCAGACAAGCUUCCGGCGAGGGCCCUGACGGCUUACAAGAGGAGCUUGAAGCCUACGAACGCCUGGCCAAUCACCAGAUUGAUUUUACUCCUCAACUCGUCGGCUUCAAGCACGAAAAACAAGAUGUUAACGGUCUGGUCCCGGACGGGUUCGUGUCUUACAUAGCCCACACCAAGGUUCCCGGCGUCGUUCUGGGCCAGAGGUUUUACCGCUUUGGAGAUGGUUCUGAUAUCCCGGACUCAGAUGCGCACAGUACCAGACCGCCAGGAAAGCGUAUCACGCAGUAUAGCAUUCCCGAAGGGCUGUUCUGGACCAUGCGCAAAAGUGAGAGAGACCUGAUUCGGGCCAAAUUCAGCGUGAUUUACAGGUCAGCACCCAGUAAUUGUCGUCUGGCUUAUACCGACCUUUCUUCUCGUGGAAGGAAACUUCUCGCAGCAAGUGUCAAAGUCGAAAUUCCUUUUCUGGACAAUCUGUUUUGGGAUCAGAAUACACAGAAACUGUCAGUCUUCACUUUGACUCUUUCACAGCGGAUGAUAAUCUAA